GUCGUCGUCAUCGUCGUCGUCGUUGUCGCCGUCGUUGUCGCCGUCGUCGGUAUCUGGUGGUAUCAUCGAUAUAGGUUACAAGAGAGAAGAGACGAAUGCUCAGGCUGCUGCAUCAGAUGGAAGUGUAACGAAAACGCGACAAAUACAUCUUUUGAACGUACGCUUCCGUUACAUGCAAACGAAGAAUCAAACGGCAUCGAGCGAGAGCGAAAAGACGAAGUGCAAAUAUUAAUCUUCUGGAUCGUGGUGAACCAUACUUAAGAGGAGCGGCUCGGAAUUAUUGCUGUUAUUGCCGUGUGUCGUUCUCGUAUAACGUCGACCAACAGAGCUGUCCUAAAUGUACACAUUCUACGUCGAUUGCGCGAUCUAUGCUCUGUCAGCAGCGGGCCAAUCUACCGGAGACAGUGAGUGAUCGUGCUUGACGCGCGGUAGUGAACCGACGUGAAUCAUCGUCGCGCGACGGUGUUACGCGCCUGUCGUCGUCGUCGUCUUCACGCGUCGUCGUUCCACGAGUCAACAGCCAGCGUACAGCGUUCCUAUUUAACGACGAACUUCCUGACGCAAGCAGCUGUUUCAGCCAAGGUUACUACGAGGUGUUACCGAUGACGUAGGUGAUCAUGGCGAAUCGAGGUACAGCUCAAAGGCCAAAUGGAUCGACGCAAGGGAAAAUCUGUCAGUUUAAAUUAGUUUUACUCGGUGAAUCAGCAGUUGGAAAAUCGAGCCUUGUUUUAAGGUUUGUCAAAGGACAAUUUCACGAAUACCAGGAGAGUACAAUUGGUGCUGCAUUUUUAACACAAACUGUAUGCUUGGACGAUACAACUGUAAAAUUUGAAAUUUGGGACACUGCGGGGCAAGAACGUUAUCACAGUCUCGCGCCAAUGUAUUAUCGUGGUGCACAAGCAGCCAUUGUUGUGUAUGAUAUAACAAACCAAGAUACAUUCUCGCGUGCCCAGACAUGGGUGAAGGAAUUGCAGCGCCAAGCCAGUCCAAGCAUAGUAAUAGCAUUAGCUGGUAAUAAGGCGGAUUUAGCGAAUAAAAGAGUGGUGGAAUAUGAUGAAGCUCAAACGUACGCAGAUGAAAAUGGCCUCCUCUUCAUGGAAACAUCUGCUAAGACGGCGAUGAACGUCAAUGAUAUAUUCCUUGCAAUUGCUAAAAAACUUCCGAAGAACGAACAAUCGGGAAAUGCAAGUACGAGUGGUCAAGGCCGUCGAUUAGUCGAGUCGGAUGGGCAAAAGGCAGCAACCAGCAAUUGUUGCAAGUGAUUAUCUAAAUCCCAUAUAUUCAACUCGGCUCUUUUGCCUUCUUUAUAUUUAUUGGAAUACGAAGAAAAUAGACCGAAACAGCAGGCUGGAAGUAAAAUAAGAUGAAAAGCGCAGAUUGAAAGUAAGAUCUAAUAAUUAAUAGUGUAUCAUGACGUGCAAUGACAUAAUCAAUUCUAUAUGAAUAAAAAAAAAGUAAGAUACAAGAACAUAUAUUGAUACGCAAUACUGUCGAGGAAUGACGUGCGCUAGUAUAUAGUAAUUCACAUGUAUAUGACCAUUAAAUUUAUAAUCCACAAGAUACAAA